AUGGCUCAGCGCUCAACCGAAGAAACUCUCUCGCUGCUUACUCGACUGAGUCAAAAGCCUGGCGUACAAAGCACACUCAUCUUGUCACGCGACACAGGAGCCAUAGUACGCACGUCUGGCCUGAUAUCGAACAGCUCGUCGGCGAACCCGAAUAGCACAUUGCCUGCCUCAGGCGAAACAACGGCUGACAACUACGUGAAUGGGCGAAAGGAAAGCGGAAUACACAGUGCUGAAGACGUAGCAAGUGCAGUCUGGAAGUUUUUAGGAGCCGCAGGAAGUCUCAUCGAUGAACUCGAUAAGGAGGACGACGUUCGGUUACUACGACUGCGCACGAAGAAGAAUGAGCUGGUGAUUGUGCCAGAUCCUAAGUACAUUCUGGUUCUUAUCCACGAUACGCCGCCCGCAUAAAACCGUCGAGCCUUUGAGCGUACAAUCACAGCAUCGGUCAUUUAAGCGUUAUGAUACCCACCUGUUCAGAAACAAUAAUAAACAAUUCACCAGUGCGCUUCCCUGAUCUCAACUUUGUUGACGUCCACACCCUCCUUAAACCAUCGAUCUACACGUACAUCAGUGCAUGGCCCCGCUCGCAGUCAAUCAGGAGGAACAAGGUUGAACAAUUGGGUUGUAGAUGUUGGGAAAGAGAUACUUACCAGCCUCGCUGAUCUCGAUGUCAUUACCGCUCAUCUGGCGCUUGCGCAUCUUGCCAUCUUCCGCGAAGGUCCAGUCUUCGAGACCGUAACAUCGCUUCCACUUCAUACCGUCAUGCGCAUCUUGGUACUCAU